ACAUUGACGAAUGUGCAAGCGGGAAACAUCAGUGUCCGUUCAACCGGCAGUGCAUCAACACAUUCGGAAGCUACUACUGCAAGUGCCAGGAGGGCUACGACCUCUCAUACGUCAGCGGAAAAUACGACUGCGUAGAUAUAAACGAGUGUGUGUCGGACACACACAAGUGCAGUCUUCACGCCGAGUGCAUCAACACACACGGAUCCUACAGGUGUAAAUGCAAGCAGGGCUUCCGCGGCAGCGGGUUCGACUGUUCAGUCAAGCCUUUUCCUAGCAGAUCCUGGGACAGUGAUCAGGGGAAAGCGGACGCGUCUCUCAGCGUUAUUCCCGAUUUCCCGUCCAAGACUCGUAUUCUGGGCCGGUUUGACAACAGCCUCCCAGAGCCGGCGGUGACCCCUCGCCUCCAGCUGCAACCCUUCGACUACAGCGACGGGCUCUACACCGGCCCUGAGGACGAGGAGGAGGAGGAGGAGAAGCUGUACGAGGAGGAGGAGGACGACACCGGGAACCAGCUGGACCCCCGAGGAGAUGUUUUCUUUUCAGAUGAGUUGGUGCCCGCGUAUCAUCCCGGACCCGAGCCGGAGGAGAUCCGAGCGGCGCCGCUGAAGGAAAGGCUCCUGGCCGACUGUGACUUUGACCGGGGAGCGUGUGAGUGGGUUCAGGACCACGAGGAUGAUCUGGACUGGACCAUCAAGUAUCAUGAAAACGGGAGAGAGUAUCACCUGGCUCUGGAGGGCCCGGCGGGGGUCCGGCCCGAGGUGUCCAGGCUGAAGCUGCUGCUGGACGAUCACAUGCGGCAGAGCAGCUUCUGUGUCACGUUCGACUAUCUCAUCCGGGGUCCGCAGAACACCUUACGGGUCAAGCUGGACGACAGUGAGUCUGCGCUGUGGGAGAGCGGGCCGACACACACUCACGGCUGGAGAAGAUCCGAGAAGAUCAGCGUCAGCGGGACCGAGACCCAGACCCGACCCGUCGCGGUGGUGUUCGAGGCUGAGCGCGGCCGGUCCGUCAGUGGAGAGAUCGCUCUGGAUCACGUGCUUCUGCUCUCGGGACGCUGUUCAGACGGGAAAACACACAUCUUGUAGGACUUCACCUCAUUAAAGCUUCUCAACACCAGUGUUGUAGUACUCGAGACUCGGACUCGUCUCGGACUCGGUCUCGAGACCAUAUUUUAAUGGUCUUGGUCUU